AUGGCACCAAACUGGGACAGACUCAUCCGCUUCAUUGCAACAGACGGCCGCGAGCUGCGGGGUCAACCAAUCUUCCCCUCCGCGGACUUUGAUAUUGGAACGACAACCGAGGAAACAGGCCUAAAAGUCAAAGUCAUCGAUGUAAAAAACAAUGACAUCUUCGACCCAGCGACAAAAGUCACAGACGAAGAAGUGACUGUGAAGAAGCUUCUUGGUCCCGUGACGCAGGAUGAAGUCCCCAUCAUCCGAUGCAUAGGACUGAACUUCAUCAAGCACAUCCAAGAAGGAGGCCGCACACUUCCCCCCUUCCCCUCCACCUUCAUCAAAGCAAACACCUGCCUAACCGACCACAACGCCCCGAUCGUCAUCCCCAAAAUCGCCCAGGACAACCAAGCCGACUACGAAGGCGAACUCUGCUUCAUCAUCUCCCGCGACGCAAAAGACGUCUCCGAGUCCGAGGCCUUCAACUACAUCGGCGGCUACCUCUCCGGCAACGACGUCUCGAGCCGCAAACUCCAGCGCGACCCUCUCCUCGCGGGUACCGUCCCACAAUGGAACUUUUCAAAAGGCUUCGACACGUACGCACCCUUGGGCCCUCAAAUCGUCAGCACGGCCGUGAUACCUGAUCCGAGUGCUUUGCAGCUGCAGACGCGGGUGAAUGGCGAGUUGCGACAGGAUUCAGGCAUUGAUGAUUUGUGCUUUAAGAUUCCGACGCUUGUGGCGUAUUGUAGUCAGGGGACUACGCUGAAGAAGGGGACCGUGUUUAUGACGGGGACAUGUGCCGGGGUCGGGUAUGCGAUGGCGACGCCGCAGUUUUUGAAGCCGGGGGAUGUGGUGGAGGUUAGUGUUAAGCCGCAUGUUGGGACGCUGAGGAAUGUGGUUGAGUUUGCUUGA